CAACAUCACUCAACAAGAAGAUGGCGGAGAACGGGAGACAAGAGCUGGUGAUCACUGACGCUGAAUCAGAGCAACUGGCCGGAGAAAGGAGCUUAAACAUCGUGGGGAAGGAGCAGUGAUCCAGAUGUGUGUCUGUUACUGAUGUAUGAAGGUGGCGGAGCAGGGCUGCAGUCUGCUGCGCAGGAUGGAGAUCUGUGUUGCUGAGGCUGAGAAGAGGAGCGGCAAAAAUGCAGUGAACAUGCAGGAGAUGUUCACCGUGUACCUCAUCGAAACAAGGCCAAUGGAUGCAGUCGCCGAGGGUCGUAAUCCAGCCCCCGAAGGUCGUAAUCCAGCCCCUGACUCUCUGUGGAGGAGAUACAGUGAAUUUGAGCUGCUGCGGAGCUACUUAAUUGUCACCUAUCCAUACAUUGUGAUACCUCCCCUGCCUGAGAAGAGGGCAGAGUUUGUGUGGCACAAGCUGACUGCAGACAACAUGGACCCAGACUUUGUGGAGCGCCGCAGAGUUGGGCUCGAGAACUUCCUAAUGCGCGUGGCGUCUCAUCAAGUCCUCUCCAAUGACAAGAUCCUUUACCACUUCCUCACUGACGAGCAUGGCUGGAAAGAAGUGGUGUUUGAGACAGGCUUUCAGGCAAAGGCAGAUUCACGGCUAAGAGCUCUCAGUGCCACCUUCAGGGUGAGAAAUACAAAUAAAGAAGUCAUCAACAUCACAUCUUGCGGAGGAUCUCCUGCUGUUUUUCUCGCAUGGGCCCUUUCAGACUUUCUGCUGACUUUUUCCAAGGGGACUCGCCAGAGAAAACGCUUCAUGGAUAUGAAACACUACAGUGAUGAGUUGCAGUCCCACACAUCUCAGCUACUCCGAGCCAGAGCAAGAGUUGCUGAUCGACUCUAUGGUGUUUUCAAAGUCCAUGGGAACUACGGCAGAGUCUUCAGUGAGUGGAGCGCCAUCGAGAGAGAAAUGGGAGAUGGACUGCAAAGUGCCGGUCAUCAUAUGGAUGCAUAUGCUGCCUCAAUAGAUGACAUCUUAGAGGAAGAGGAACAUUAUGCAGACCAGCUGAAAGAAUAUCUCUUCUAUGCUGAAGCUCUGAGGGCAGUGUGCAGGAAACACGAGCUGACCCAGUAUGAGCUGGAGGUGUCCUCCCAGGACCUCAUCUCGAAGAAGCAACAACGUGAGGAGCUGGCUACAGGGGUAGUACGGUCAUUCUCCUUCAAAGGAAUGACCAACAAGCUUUUUGGGCAAGAGGCGCCUGAGCAGAGGGAGGCAAGACUGAAGCUUAUAGAGGAGCUGAUAGCAGAGGGUGAAGACACAGUCAAGGAGAAGACAGCCGAGUGCGAAGAGCAUGUCGAAAAGGCGUGGGUGGACAUGCAGCGUUUUGAGGAGCAGAAAGACAAAGAUCUCAGGGAAGCACUUAUCCACUACGCUGUCCUGCAAAUCAGGAAUACAAGUGUGGAGCAAUGCCAAAGAGUGUUUCCUCAAGAUGUGAAGUUGAAACCAUAUCCCAAGGUUUUCCUCCCUCUGUGAUUGGUGCAAAGUGUCCUCUGGUUGAGGUGUGUAAACCAUCACACCGAGACAAAAUGUCUCAUAAAAUGUUUCUGAAAAUAAGGUCAUCUCAAAUAACUGCAAAACUGAUUUGUAUGCAGCUAUCUUGAAAUAGUAAACGUCUUGUGGAUUAAAAUGGCAAAGGGAAGUGAUUUAUCACACAGAGCAUCAGGGUUCACAGGUUUUUCUCUAACUUAAAUGGGCGCUUCAACAGUUUUACAUGAUAAAGUCAAGAACCAAGUUGUGUCAUUUCUACUGUUUAUCAAAUGACACAAGGGAUUCUUCUAUAAAGAGUUUGUGGCUAUUCAUUUUUUGUAAACAUUUAUUAAGUUAAAUCAGCCCGGAUGCCCGCUGUUAGAUCCCAGUGUUCCCCUUUACAUGAAUUCACCCUGCUUCCACUGAGCUAAUCUUAUGAGAAAAGUUGUAUUUCAGUCACGUUAACGGCAGCACUCCUCUCAUAAUCUGAGCACUUUAAAUUGCUAGGAAUUGUUUGGUGGCUUUGUCAAGCCCCAAGGAUCUGUAUAAAAAUUCUUGGCUAGAGUGACCUUAAAGAAUCUGUAAAUUGUUAAAAAUCACCAAAGAAAUCCAUUUACUAUCAAUAUAGCAUUAAUCAAAAUAUAAUAUUAAAGUUCAAAAGUUAAAAAGUAAAAAGAUAAGAGAUAAAAACUUCAGCUACCAAAAUUCAGAAUUCUUUUGAAAACUCCAAACUCAGUACCAAUGCAGAUAGUUCUGUAUCCACAGAAUGACUUUUGUAAUUCACAACAUCCUUACAUUUCCAGACACUACAUAAUAAACCUUGAUCUAAAAGAGCUGUUUGCCAACACACAUACACAUGCAUAUAUAGAUCUAUCUAUCUAUAUAGAUAGAUAGUUAGAUAGAUCUAUAUAUUGUGGGGGACAGGGGCUCUCCUUUGCAGGUCAAUGAUAUUGUUCUGGGCUGUAAAAAGCGAGCAGAGGGACUUGAACUAAAUCCAACAAUAGUUAUAUUUUUCUUUGGUUUGAAUUACAGGUGUAGUGUGACCUGAGCCUCAUGCACAGAUCUAUGAAGGUAUCUCAAAGUUAUUAUAUGAUGCUAUUAAUUAAAAGCAUCUGUUCUUAUUUUAUGUGCUUUACAGUACAGUUUUACAUUCACCCAUUCACACACACAUUCAUACAGUGCAACUAAUCGCAGCACUUUGUUAUUCUAUGGGGGGCCAAUCAGGGUUCAGCAUCUUGCCCAAGGACACUUCGGCAUGCAGAUGGGUCAGACUGGGGAUCAAACCGCCGACCUUCAGGUUGGAGGACGACUACUCUACCCCUCAGCCACAGCCACCCUAAUAAUAAGAAUAAUAAUAAUAAUAAAUAAUAAUGCAAGUGGCAUUGGGUGUUUCAUAUAACACAGAAAUAACACAUUUCUGUGUUAUAUGAAUAAAUCACAGAGCCGACAUGUUGAUCAUAUGCAGUAAUGUCGAAGGAGGCGGAUUACACUGAUGUACCAUAAGCUGCGCUACUAGUCAAGUUACUCAUUCUGAGAUGAUAUGUAACUAAUGAGUUUUAUUGAAUUUUAUUUUUCAUUUAUUGACUAAAACGUUUUUUUCUGUUUGUCUUGUAUAUGUUAUAGCAUUAUAUUUUGUAUUUCCUGUUGCAGAUGCUUCCCACCAAUAAACUCUGAGGGUA